AUGAAGUGUGCCAUUUGGGUUGGGGCCCUUCUGUGCCUGGUGGGCUGGGGAGAAGCGCUGCUUGGAGACGCGGUUGGGGAAGCGGUUGGCAACGCUGCUAACAACGCUGCUAAGGACGCGGUUGGCAACACUGCUAGCCACGCUUCUAACAACGCAUCUAACGAUGCCGCUAACGACGGUCCUGACUUCUCCGAGGCGCUCGCACACUUCGCGGACCCGAACGAGCUGUACGACCUUUUGGCAGAGGAGGCCAAGGGGAGCACUGAAGAAGGGAGUCUCCUCGAGGGGACCCCAAAGUUGAAGCGAAGGUGGGGAAACACAUCUAAGGGGUUGCGUAAAUUGGGCAGAGUGGAUAAAAAUACCUUCCUAACUCUGUACGAGUCCGCGCUCAGUCACUUCGACGUGGAUGGUUACAGCUCCUUCAUGCAGGAGGUAAUUGCUCAGAGGAGGGGUAGCGACGAACUAGGGGAAGGGAAGCGGUGGAAGGGAAGAAGCACUAGGAAUGCCCACCCCCACUGCGACCGGGGAGUUAGCAUCGGUGUGGGGGCCGAGGGGAGAGGGACACCCCGUGGCGUCACAAGGCGAGGAGAAAAGACCGCAGGAGGUGGAGGGGGUAUGACCAAUGUUGAGUACCCCGGAGGAGCGAUCCGAUCAGCUUAUGGAAACAACUUAAGCAAAUGGAUGAAGGAGUCUUUGGAAGAUAUAGAAUCCCCUGCAUCUUUAAAAGAACCCGGACUAGCUAAUAUGCUAAUACAAAGUCUUACCAUGGUAAAGGGACUAAUCCAAUCAGUAGCUAGCUCAGUAGUAGAUAUAGUACCUCCCCUAAUACCCCCACCUGUCUGGAUUAAUAGACCUCUCCCUUGUCUCCCAAUGGUGACAGGAAAAAAUUGCUUAGGUUCGAUCCUCUACCCAAUAACAGCUGCAGAGUUCGUCACAGCUGAUAUUACGGAUUCUACAAUGAAUGGGAUCAUUUCGAGCUUCCCUGCUAAGUAUGCUUCAAAAGUCGGCAAAACUUCAGAUGCACAAUAUAGACUCUGUGCUAUGGCUUACCUUGGCAUGUACUGUGCGUCACUCUUUCCAAUUUGCUGGAUGCCUAUCGGAUUGCAAGUCGCAGAAACUAUGUCCGUUUGCUUCCCUCAAUGUUUGGCUACCCUUAUCGCUUGUCCUGGAUUCUGGAUAGAUGAUGUGGAAGGACCUUGUAGCAAUGCAUCAGUACCUCCCUUCUGUUCCUUUUCUGUCUUUGUUAAUCAGAAAAUC